AAAACAAAAUCCUUAAUCUUCUCUAGAAGAUUCCCUCACCGGUCCUCAGUCUCUUCUUCGGGGCAGUUCGAGCUCCUGAAAGAUUCUAAGCCCUCACGUCUGCGCAACGCCGCAGGGGCGCACCCUCUUAUCAUGCGCAUUUGACGUCUUCUCAGUCUCCUCUAAUGGCGAACUUGUGCACCGAUUCUCCACUCUCUCGUCGCAUCGUCCAUGCCUUCUUGACUUUCCUCGAUUCUGUUAAACCUGCUCCUGGUGUUGAUCUUGAAGGUCUUGAGGUUGCUAGGGAAUGUUUGACAGAAGUAUUUAAGCUAGAGCCUAGUUCCGUUGAUGAUCGGGCUGACGCUGAUCUACUGGUGAACAUGUUUAGUUCACUGGAAGGAAGUAGGCAAAGCGAAAUCAGAUCAGAUAUAAGCCACACUGGAGUUUCAGUUGAUGCUCCUAGUACAUCCUCGCCAAAGAAUGCUGUUGAUUCUGAUUAUUUAAAGGCAACAAAAUCUACUGCUGUGGAUUGGACAAGACAACCUUGUGCCUCAGGAAUUGCCGAAGAUGAACUUUUUGGGCAGUUCUUUGCUGCACUAGAGAAAAUUCACUUUUUCGAAGCUACACUUGACGGAAAUGAUGACCAAGUGCAAUUGGACAGAGCAACACGUAUAUUUCACGACGCUAAAGCUGAGAUGGAAAAAGCAGGAUGCCAGAAUUUUGACCGGAAUAAUCUGGCUGAGAUGCUAAAAUCACAAGGUAACAGGGCCAUGCAGUUAAAGCUGUAUCCUGAUGCAAUUGAACUGUACAGUUGUGCUGUUGCGCUUUGUGAAAAUAAUGCUGUUUACUACUGUAACAGGGCAGCUGCAUACACCCAGAUACACAGAUAUACUGAAGCAAUUAGAGACUGCCAAAAAUCAAUUGAGAUUGAUCCAAAUUACAGCAAGGCAUACAGUCGUCUGGGAUUUGCAUAUUAUGCGGAAGGGAACUACACCGAUGCUAUCAGUAAAGGAUUUUUGAAAGCCUUGCAAUUGGAUCCCAAUAACGAUGCUGUGAAAGAAAAUAUUCGGGUGGCUGAGCAAAAGUUGAGAGAAGAGCUACAAUGGACCGAACGUAAUCAGAAUUCAGGUUCAGGAAGUCAUCAUAACCAAGAUUCAGGUAAUCAGUCUGCAGGAAGGAGUCGCACUCCGCCAUCAGCAUUUUCCACAUCUAUGCAAUUUGACGCUGGUGCCCUUCCUCCUGAUAUUGCAAGCAUGUUCAUGAACAUGGCAGCAAAUGCAUACCAGGGACAGGGACAACAUUCCCAAGACCGUCCUGAAGAUGGCAACAAUGCCAGUGGUUUUGAGGAGCCAGGAAUAAGAAUUGGGGGGAACGUCAGUUUGAAUUUUGGAGAACAAAUGCCUGAGGAGUUAACAGGGGCUUUAAGAUCUAUGAUGGGGAUGUUCUCAGGAGCAGCCCCCCAUGGCAGCCCACAAGGCGGCAUGAAUGGAAGAUCAGAACCAAAUUAAAACUCAACUGAGUUGUACAAAAUUUCAACCAGAUCAUCCUCGUUUUAUUUUUAAUUUAAAUUUUAUUGUCGUUGCUUUUAUUAUUAUUAACCAUUUUCUCUUUUCAAUAGACGCCCGUGAACUGUUGUGUAGGCAAAUGCAUGGAUUGAAAUUCUGUUUUGGACGUGAGCUUUGAAAUAAUUCACUCCAUGAUUUUUA